AUGGUCAAAGCUUCUCAGCAAAUUGAAGACCAGAUAAAGUUACUGAAAUAUCAACAGAGAUUGGAGGAGGAAAUGAACAGACCAUUUUUAAAUCUAUCUCUUCAUCAAAUGAUCUACUGUCUGACCAAGGACAACAACCAUAAAGUUGCAGAACAGCUCCGAAAAGAAUUCAAAGUUCCAGAGAGAAGGUUUUGGUGGCUGAAAAUUAAUGCCCUGGGAGAAAGUGGGGAUUGGAUUGAACUUGAGAAAUUUUCUAGAAGCAAGAAAGCACCUGUGGGCAUGGAGGCUUUUGUAGAUGUUUGUUCAAAGUAUGGAAAUGUGAAGGAAGCUCUAAAGUAUUUGGUGAAAGUAUCUCCAGAACAGAAAGUUAAAUGCUUAGUAAAAGUGGGGUAAGUUAAAAGUUACUAAGUAUACACAAAUGUGUACUGG